AAGGCGAAGCGGAGGAGGAGGCGGAGGCGCGCGCUUGCCUGCCUCUCCCGCCCAGUCCAGUCAGCGGCUAAUGGCGCGCGCGGCGAGGCUGAGCCGGAUGGAACGCGGAGGAGACAGCGGCGGAAUGUUCGCCAUGGCGACCUAAUCCCUCCCCUUCGCCUCCUUUCUUCGGAACGUUCGGCAACCCAUCCUAAUGGAACCUGCGCAGCAGCAGCAGCAACCAGAAGGAGAGGGGAGCGCCAUGGGCCUUGAAGGAGCCCAGCAGAGGCGACGCAAGCGCGGGGGAGCGGCCGCCGCUGCCGCCGCCAAGGGGACGCCGGGGACGACUCCUUCUUCUGCCUCCUCGGCUUCCCUGGCUUCGUCCAACGGGGCCAACUCGCUCCUGGUGAGGCGAGGCCGCCUCAAGAGGAACCUCUCCUCCGCCGCCUCGCCUUCGCUGCUUCCUCCUCCUCCUCCGGCUGCUCCUCCGGCCUCGCGCAGCCUGGACCGGAAGGCGCUUCUCCUUCUCCCGAAGCCCCCGCGGCAGGUCCAGCCUCUGCAGGCGCCGGAGCGGGACUGGGUGCGGCGGGACCUCCGCCGGGGCUGCGUCCAUGUCUACUACUCCAACCACCACCAUCACCACCACCACCACCACCACUGCUACCUGCUGCCGGUGCUGUGCACCUUGGAGACCACCGCGGGGCAAGUGGCAGCCAGGCUGCAGCAGCAGCAACAGAGGAGGGCAGGAGGAGGGGCGCUCCGCGUCUUGGGCCAAGAAGAAGGCCAAGGGGGAGAAGCCGAGGAGGCCCAUCUCGAAGGAGAAGACGAAGAGGAGGAGGAGGGGAAGGCCUCCAUCUACCUGUCGGGCCCGCCGAUCUCCUGCCCGUCUCUCGCCGGCGGCUCCGACUCGGAGGGCUUCAGCCCUAGCGCCGAGGGAGAAGAAGGAGGAGGAGGAGGAGAAGAAGAAGGCUUUUCCUCCUCUUCUUCUUCCUCUUCCUCCUCCUCGGCGUCUUCCUUGGAGGACUUGGAGGCCGAGGAGCCCAGGAGGAGGAGGAGGAGGCGGAAGAAGAAGGAGGCCAUGGAGGAGGAAGGAGAGGAAGAAGAAGAAGAAGAAGGCGCCCCCUCUGCUGCUCCUGCUACUACGACGACGACUACUACUAAGGCCGCGGCUUCCUCGCCUUCAGCAGCAACGCCUCCUCUUCCUCCUCCUCCGUCCCCGCCGCCGCCGCCUCUGGGCCUCUACGUCCAGCUCCACGGGGAGACCGCGAGGCGCCUUUCCCCCGCCGAGAAGCCCCUGCGCCUCCAAAGCGACUACCUCGCGCAGCUGGGCUUCCGCGACCCCUGGCGCGCGCAGGAGGAGGGCAUGGACUCCGAGACCGGCUGCCUCAUCCGCUUCUACGCAGGAAAGCCCCACAGCAUUGGCAACUCUGAACGGAUUCAGCUCUCAGGAAUGUACAAUGUUAGAAAAGGGAAAAUGCAUUUGCCGGUCAACAGAUGGACAAGACGCCAAGUUAUCCUUUGUGGAACGUGCCUAAUUGUAUCAUCGGUGAAAGAAAGCCAGACUGGCAAGAUGCAUGUGCUCCCCUUAAUUGGUGGAAAGGUUGAAGAAGUUAAAAAGCACCAGCACUGUUUAGCAUUUAGCUCCUCUGGACCUCAAAGCCAGAGUUAUUACAUCUGUUUCGACACAUUCACUGAAUAUUUGCGGUGGCUUCGGCAAGCUUCAAAGAUUGCUUCGCAACGAAUAAGCUCAGUGGAUCUCUCAUGUUGCAGCCUAGAGGAUCUGCCUGCCAAUCUUUUUUACAGCCAGGACCUAACGCAUCUUAAUUUGAAGCAGAAUUUCCUAAGGCUGAACCCUAACUCGUCAACAUCCAGAGGACUUAACGAGCUACAAAGGUUCAGCAAGCUGAGAAGCCUUAACCUUUCUAACAAUCACUUAGGAGAGUUCCCCUUGGCAGUUUGCAGCAUUCCAACCUUGACUGAGCUCAACGUGUCCUGCAAUGCACUCAAAAAUAUUCCAGUAGCCGUCGGUGAUAUGAACAAUUUGCAGACCUUCUUACUGGAUGGGAACUUCCUCCAGAGCCUUCCUGUUGAAUUGGAAAGGAUGCACCAACUUAGCUAUCUUGGUCUUUCUUUCAAUGAAUUCACUGACAUUCCUGAAAUAUUGGAGAAGCUGCCUGCCAUGGAUAAACUUUGCAUGUCUGGAAACUGCAUGGAGACACUCAACCUGCAGACAUUGAGAAGGAUGCCACACAUUAAACACAUAGACCUAAGGUUAAAUGUAAUCAAAAGGCUGGUGGCGGACAAAGCUGACUUCCUACAUCACGUGACCCAGCUUGACCUUCGGGACAAUAAACUAGGCGAGCUAGAUGCCACCAUCUUCAAUAAUGUUGAAAUACUGCACUGUGAAAGAAACCAGCUGGUAACUCUCAAAAUCAGCGGAUACCUGCUGAAAGCUCUUUAUGCCACUGCAAAUGAACUUGUUCAUCUUGAUGUGUAUCCAGUUCCAAAUUAUCUGACCUAC